GACACUCUUGGUCAUUAGAGCCUCUGCUUUUAAGCUCUCCAGUCUGCUUCUGCUCCACUUAUGAGGACGCCCUGCAGGACCUGCUGCUGACAGCAAAUCACUGGCUGGAGGGCAGUGCAGUAGACAGAGAUGGGUUUUGGGGAGGACCUGUGGUGUCCGCAGGCACACGCGGCGGUCAUGCGACUGCUGGACUCAGAGCUACACCUGAUGGAGGUCAUGAAGAAGUGGAUGGGUCAGCGAGCUAAGAGUGAGCGGGAGUUUUCAGUGCAGCUGCACCAAAUGACUGUCAUGGUGGAGAAGAUGGACCGACCUCAGAUCAGCGCUGGGGUGGAUUACAUCAGCCAGCUCAACAAGUCGUGGGGAGUUCUGGUAUCUGAGACCGAGUCUCUCAGUCAGCUGAUAAGGAGGCGCUCUGAUGAUCUGCUGGAUGGCCCCAUCAGCAAACUGAGUCUGCUCAUCAGAGACAAACAACAGCUCCGCAAAAUGUACACGGAGCACUGGAACCUGCUGAGGCAAGAGCUCAACAAGGUGACUCACACAGAGGUGGAGAAGUUAAAGAGCAGCUACAGGCAGGCAGCGAGAGAUGCGACACAAGCAAAGAGGAAGUACCAGGACAACAGUAAAGAUAAGGAUCGAGAAAAAAAUAAAGAACGUUACAUAAAGGCUUUCCUGAAACACCAUGAGGUGCACAACGAGUACGUCCUGUCUGUGCGAGCUGCUCAGGUUUACCAUCAGUACCACUACAGUCAGAUCCAGCCCACCCUGCUCAGCGCGCUGCAGACUCUGCAGGAGGAGAUGGUGCUCUUACUAAAAGAGAUCCUACAGGAAUACUUUGACAUCUCUACCCUCCUUCAUCAUGAAGUGGUGCAAAUCCAUAGGGAGAUGUCAUCUACACUGACUGCCAUCAAUCCUGACAAAGAAUAUGAGAGCUUUGUCCAGCAGAACAGGUCUGUGGGGGAGAUUCCUGUUUGUGCAGACUUUGAUUGUAGCCUUCUGGAGGACGCUGAACCUCUCAGCCCCAGAGAGAUUGAACUGAAUGAUCUCACGCUUGAGACAAUCCAGCACAAGCUGACUGAGGUGGAGGAGACGCUGCUGGACCUGGCUCGGACUCUGGGCUCUCAGCAGACUUCAGUUGAGCAGCUGGAGCUGGAGCUGGAUGAGGAGCAGGGAGGUGUCAAAAAGGGCCAAAGGGUCUACCAGUUCAGCAAGAGACAUGCGAUGGAGGAGUGCAGGCAGCAGGUUGUUCUGUCCCAGGGCAUUAAAGCUAAGCUGGAGGUUCAGAGGCUCCUUCUGAAGGAGAAACUGGACCAUCUGGGCUCCAGAGACCCUCCCAUUGCUCUGAAGAUGGACACAGACACUGUUUCACUCUCGUCCACCACAAGCAAUGACAAUAAUCAAGGUACUGCCAAAGUCCUCCUUGAUGGGAUCAAGACCAAUCUGAGCAGCCUGUUCAAACCCAAAAGUGAGGCUCUUCCCGUGGUUCCUGCCGUUCCCCCCGUCCCUGAGGUGGAUCGUCCUCUUGACCAGCAGGACUGGUACCAUGGAGCCAUUCCCAGACUGGAAGUCCAGCAGCUGCUCAGAAAUGACGGCGACUUCUUGGUGAGGAAGAGUCAAGAGAAACAGGGUUACGUGCUGUCUGUGCAGUGGGACGGAUCCUGCAAGCAUUUCCUCAUUCAGAACGUGGACAAUUUGUAUCGCCUGGAUGGAGACAGUUUCCACAGCGUCCCACAGCUGAUCCAUCAUCUACGGUCGUCACGUCAACACGUCACCAGGAGGACCGAUGUUGUACUAAAGAAGUCUAUAGUAAAGGACAAGUGGGUGUUGGAACAUGACGACAUUGUUUUGGGACCUCUCAUUGGACGGGGUAACUUUGGAGAGGUGUACAGUGGUCGUUUACGCUCCGACAACAUUCCUGUAGCUGUGAAAUCCUGCAAAGAGAACCUGGCCCCAGAGCACAAGAGUAAGUUCCUGAUGGAGGCCAGGAUCCUGAAGCAGUACAACCAUCCCAACAUUGUGAAGCUGAUCGGCGUGUGCACACAGAAACAGCCCAUCUACAUUGUUAUGGAGCUUGUUCAAGGUGGGGAUUUCCUCUCCUUCUUACGCAAUGACAGCCAAAGUUUGAAACCUAAGGUGUUGGUCAAAAUGACAGAAAAUGUGGCGGCGGGUAUGGAGUACCUGGAGAGCAAGAAGUGCAUCCACAGGGACCUUGCAGCGAGAAACUGUCUGGUUACGGAGAACAACAGUGUGAAGAUCAGUGACUUUGGGAUGUCCCGUCAACGAGAAGAUGGUGUCUACUCUGCAGAGGGGGGUCUCAGGCAGAUCCCUGUCAAAUGGACGGCUCCUGAAGCCUUGAACUAUGGCCUCUACACCACACAGAGUGACGUCUGGAGCUUUGGGAUCUUGCUAUGGGAGAUCUUCUCCAUGGGAAUGACGCCCUACACAAGCAUGACCAACCAGCAGACGCGGGAAGAGGUGGAGAAAGGAUACCGCAUGCCUGCUCCUCACGGCUGCCCCAUGGAAAUCUCCGGGAUCAUGACAAGCUGCUGGGAAUACGACGCCAGAAACAGGCCAUCUUUCAAAAUACUUCAUGCAGAGCUCAGCACCAUUUACAAAAAAAUAUGACGCAGACUUUUAAUAAGAAAUGUAACCACCCCCACCCACUCUUUCUUUUUUAAUUUGUCUAAAAGGCAGUUUUAUUGUUUUUUUCCCACUGAGUACAUUGAAAUACAACCAGAACAACUGCUUCAACUCCUUCAAUUGGAGGAAAAAACAAUCAAUGGAGUCAUAUUUAUUUUAAUCUUUUUGUUGUGGAAAAAAACCUGAACAUAUGUUUCUAAUGACCAUCAGUGUUUUAGAUUUGUGUCUUAAAACCAUAUAUCAAAAGGCCCUUACAUACUGACAUUUUUUUGCAGAACCGGUGUCUGUAUGUAAGAGCUGCUUUCCGGAGAGACCUCAAAUCCCAUCACCUCUUUUUUCCACCUCCAGGGGUAUUUAAAAAGGCAGAGAAAAAGAGCCCCAUCCGCCCCCAAUCCGUAACUGAGUGAGAAUUGAGACUUUCGGAUGAUGUUCUCCGACCGUGGCACCUUCACAGGGUCGAGGAAACUUUUAUCUGCACCACGCAUCAUUAUUCUUAUUCACUCGCUCAAAAUAAUUGAAAAAAGUUGAACUGAGGUUGUAAAGAAAUGAGAAAAGAUUUUCAGUUUUUGACGAUAUGAUGAAAUCAGGUGAUAUAUUAUGGUCCAAUUUUAGGAAAACUUAAAAUGUUGAAAGACUGCAGGUGGGAUGCAUCCUGUCACGUUAAGAAAAGUAUGACAUCACCUGUCAUGAGGCCAAAGAAUCACUCACUGAAUAAUUAGUUUAUACAUUUUUUGCCACAGAUGGAGUUUUGUUUCCUUUUUGGCAUUUUGGAUAUAGGUAUUUUGCAUUUAAGCUUUGGACUUAGUGGUCUGUAAAGCUACUUGUACUUUAAAAUCAUCUGAAUGACAUGAUCAGAGAUUUUCCAAAAAGACAUCAUCAUCAUCAUCAUCAUCAUCAUCAUCAUCAUCAUCAUCAUCAUCAUCAUAAUCAUCAUCAUCUCAUCAUCCACACCAAUAUUGAAACUCCUGAGACACAAAAACAAGCCAAAAACAUUCAAGUGUAAUGGAAAACUGAGAAAUCAGCAAGGAGGCAUCAUGUGGAUACUGAUAUCCUCAGAGUAUCGUAAUAAAUGAGUAGAUGUUU